AUGGCGGCAGACGAGUUCUCAGAGCGCAUGAUAGAGGCGUAUGAUGCCAUAGUCCUCGAUCCUAGAAACACAGGCUACAGCUGUGACAUAUUCCGCAAACAUGUCCGCUUUGGAUCAGCGACUUCCGGUCCUCCUGCCCGCGUCACCUUCAUUGCAACCGUAGCUCCGGAGAUGUGCAAUGGCCUAGGAAACCUGCACGGCGGAUGUGCCACGACCUUAAUUGAUGUCACUUCAUCGGCGCUGUUGUUUGCCUUGGGAGGACAUUUCUCUGCCGGAGGAGUCAGUCGGUCACUUAAUAUUACCUUCCUACGACCUGCGCCAGAGGGAACGGAGAUUUCCAUCAAUUGUGAACUUGUGCAUUCUGGGAAACGGCUAGCAUUGCUUCGGGCUGAUAUUCGCAGGACGGAUACGGGGGAUUUGUGUGUUUUAGGAGAGCAUGAUAAGGCCAGUACGCCGAUAGAUGCGCAGAUGAAGCUGUAG